UCUCUGCAUUUAGACGCGUAUUAAAAAACACUCCAUUCAAGUGAAAACAAAUAAUCAGUGUCUCUAGAAUGACGUUUCGUUACUUAUGGGUUUUCCAUUUCAUACUUGGCUACGGAUUGUGGCUAAAAUUAUGCAGUGCUCAGGGGCUUUCGGUGAUCGGUCCAAAAAUGAUAAGACCUAACCAAACAUAUUCGGUGGUGUUCAGCAAUUCCUUAACCCGUAACAUUCGCCUGGCCAUGGCACUACAAGGACCAGGCAAUUCUGGGGUGUUUCAGCGAACGACAGUUGCAAUCAAUAGAAGAUCCGGAAAGUUGGGCACGUUUCAGGUUGGAAACAUUGUUGAGGGUGAUUAUAGGUUGUCAAUUGGAAGUAUUGAUCAAGAUUUCAACUUCAACAAGGAGGUAGAUCUGGUGUACGAGCAGAAAACAAUAUCCGUUUUUAUACAAACAGACAAACCGGUGUAUAAACCGGGAGAUACGAUGCACUUCCGGGUUGUGGUUGUGGAUGCCGAUACUAGACCUGUAACCAACAUCAAAAGUGUGCGAAUUGGUCUGAUAGAUUCAAACGAUAACUCCAUUAGACAGUGGCCAUACGCCCAGCUUUGGCGUGGAGUAUUUGAAUCUGAGGUGCUACUAGCACCUUCACCAGUGCUGGGUAAUUGGACGCUGACGGUAAACACACAAGAAAGCACGGUCAAGAGGCAAAUCGAAGUCCGCGAGUACGUGCUUCCAAAGUUUUUUGUCAAGGUUUUCCCAGCAGAAAUUCUACUGAUAGAAAGAAAACAAAUUAUAGUGUCCGUUCAAUCAUAUUAUACGUUCGGAAGUCCAGUUGACGGAAUAGUUCAUGUUCACUUAUACAUCGAAGACGAUGAUAAACCAGAUUAUUCGGAAACCGCAACGAUAACUGGAACUAGCACUGUUAAGUUCAACCUGAAAAAAGAACUGGAAACCGAAGACAGCUCGCAGAGCUUUCGAGAUGUAAUUGUUAAAGUUGAAGUUACGGAGACUUUUACCAAUCACACCAUGAACAUAACACAGUCAAUACCCGUUUUCCUGUACCCGUACAACAUAUCCGCAGUUGCAUCCACUCCUCAGUUCCGACCAGGGGUUCCAUUUCUCGUUCAAAUAGUGGUUGCAGAUCACUACGGUCAACCGGUUGCUGAAGAAAAAAAUAUUGAAGUUCAUGUCGCAUACGAGGGUGAGGGAUACAGUGAAGAUCAAACGCUUGUGGAGAGCCUCAACGGACGAGGUAAAGCGGCGUUAGUUUUGCAGCCACCGGAAAGAUCGGACCGUUUGGAAAUUUCGGUAAACUACGACACGGUCGACUAUGGAGCAAUCGAAGCAUUUGAUGGUGUUCAAUCACAAAGCAAUCAUUACAUUCGAAUUGCGUUGAAGCCCAGAUCUGCGGUCCGUGUCAACAAAGAGAUUGCAAUAGAUGUAACUUGUACGGAAAGUAUGAAUCAUCUGUCGUACAUCGUCAUCUCGAGAGGUAAAGUUGUAACUCAUGGUCAUGAAACGAUCCGAAAUCGAAAAAAGCACACAUUCCGAUUGAAACUUACGCCACCAAUGGCACCGAAGGCUAAGCUGAUCGUUUCAUACAUUAGUAUCAAAUUUUUGAUUUACGAUGAUUUGGAGCUAGAGUUUGAUGUAUUCACCAACAAUUUUAAGUUUUUUCUGGACAAAAAAGAAUACCGGCCCGGCGAGGACAUCACUAUAGAAGCCGAAGGAAGUAACGAUUCGUACGUCGCAUUUGCGGGGAUCGAUCAAAGCGUACUUCUGAUGGGGCGAGCUGGCAAUGGUUUCGACAAAAGUGAUGUGCUGCGGGAACUCGCUCUGUACGGUGCUACAGAGCCUAACGAGUUUGAUCCUUUCCAUACUAUGGGAUUGUUCCUAAGAACUACAUCCGAGGUUGAUUUUCCCUCCGCUCGCAGCCAAUUCAACAGAUUCGGGAGUAAUUUUCCUUUAUCUUCAAGGCGAGCCCAAAAAGCUGUUCACAUACGGACAGAAUUUCCGGAAACAUGGAUGUGGAGAAACUUUACCAUGAACUCAAGGCAUUCCGCAUUCACUUUUCAGGAUACAGUUCCGGACACAAUCACCUCGUGGACCAUGACCGGGUUUGCCUUAAGUCCAACACUCGGACUGGGGCUGAUGAACGAACCGCAGUCGUUCGUCGUCAAACAGUCAUUCUACAUUAUUGUAAACAUUCCUUAUUCCAUCAAACGAGGUGAGGUGGCACUCAUACAGGCGACGGUAUUCAACUUCCUCAGUGACACCAUGACAGCACUGUACAACAGGCAUGACCAGAUGGAGUUCGUCGAAAGCUCCUCCGAUGAUCACACUCGACGCCGUAAGACGAUCUCCGUUCCAACGAAUAACGGAAAACCGAUUUCAUUCAUGAUCAAAGCCAAAAAGAUCGGAGAGAUUGCAAUCAAGAUUGAAGCCGUUAGUCCACAGGCUACUGAUGCGGUGGAGCGUAUGUUGCGAGUCGUACCGGAAAGUCACCUGUACGAAGACAACGAGGCCAGAUUUAUCGAACUCAACAAUCAUGAAUCAAAACAUUUCCCAAUCACGUUGAAUAUUCCGAAAAAGGCCGUUCCCGGAUCCGUGCAAAUAGUGUUCUCGGUGUCAGGUAAUUUACUGGGUCCAUUAAUCAACAAUCUGCACUCACUGAUUCGAUUACCGACGGGUUGUGGCGAACAAAACAUGAUAAAUUUUGUUCCAAAUGUUGUCAUAUUGGACUACCUAGUGGAGAGUGGGACGGUGGCGGAAGAUUUGAAGACCAGCGCCAUCAACUAUCUGCAAAGUGGCUACCAGAAUCAAUUAAAGUACAAACGUUCCGAUGGUUCUUUCAGCGUUUGGGGAGCAAGCGAUGACGGCGGUAGUACCUUUCUGACAGCGUUCGUAGCGAAAUCGUUCAAAAUAGCCGAUAAGCAUAUUACGAUCGAUAAGGCGAUUGUUGAAAAAGCUUUCCAAUGGUUGGCGGCCAUUCAAGAACCGGAUGGGCAAUUUGUUGAAGUUGGAACCGUUUUCAGUAAAGAUAUUCAAGGAGGGCUGGCCAGUAAUAAUUUUUCCAUCUCUGCUUAUGUACUGAUUGCUUUUCUUGAAAACGAAGAUAUUUCCGAAAAGUACAAAACAACCAUCGAUAAAACCUUAACGUAUUUGGUCAAAAAUUUCGAUAGUAUUACCGACAUUUACGAUGUGGCAUUAGCGACAUACGCACUCGCACUUAACAAUCAUGCAAAAACCUCCCUUUUCAUGGACAAACUUGUGGAGGUCUCUAUUUUCGAUGGAAAUUCUAGGACACGGUAUUGGGACAGAAAGCCGAUCAGUAUCGAAGUGACUGGCUAUGCUCUUCUCGCUUACAUGCAACAAGGCUUUUACGCGGAUGCAACUCCAAUAAUGCGCUGGUUGAAUGAGCAACGUUUCGGUCAGGGUGGAUUCCGAGGAACACAGGAUACUUUCGUCGGACUAAAGGCAUUAGCAAAAUUUGCCGCUAGAAUGACCACGCAUAGAAACAACUACCGAGUGAUGGUAGUAAAUCCAAGUCAAAACAGGAAUGCGCGAUUGUUAACUUUCGAUGUCAACAGCGAAACAUCAAUGUUACCGCAGGAAACUAUUCUUCCAGAUAACAUUCGAUCGCUGGACAUUAGAUGCGAAGGUAUAGGCAAUGGGGUGCUUCAGGUGGCCUAUCAGUACCAUGUCAAUCUAGUACAAGCUAAGCCAAGUUUUAAUCUAAACGUGCAAUUGCUUGAUACUACUACACAUUUCGUGCAGCACUUGAAAGUGUGCGUCAAUUUCAUACAACGAGGAAGUCUCAGAGAGACCAACAUGGCUCUGGUCGAGGUCUAUUUUCCCAGUGGAUUCAACGCGGAUGUUGACGCCGUGACAAACCUAACUCCUUACAGCAAAAUCCAGCGAAUCGAUCUAUUGUACGAUGCCACCUGCGUAGCAGUUUACUACAAUAAAUUAGAAAACACUCCGAGUUGCUUCACUGUCACAGCUUACAGACGAUUGAAAGUGGCUAUGCACAGACCGGCUCACGUCGUUGUGUAUGAUUACUAUGACCAAGAGCGCUUUGGCAUCAAGCCGUACGAAGGAAAAGUCAUGCAACUGUGUGAUAUUUGUGAGGAUGAGGAUUGCCUUAGUUUGCAAUGUUAACAAUAUAACACUAUUUUUGGGUGUACACGGAAUUGCAGGUAAAGAAGUAUACUACUAUAUAUACUAUAUUAAAAGAAAUAAAUUUCUUGAAAAACUCU